UGCCGUGCCGAGCCGGCUCGGCUAGCGGUUGACACAACAGACAGACGAUCAGACGAGGCUAGGAGUUGGUCCAUUUGGUCGGCUUUCCCUCGAAUAUCCGACGCGGAAGGCCCAACUAAGCCGCCACCAUGACGGCCAACGAGUGCUACCGCCCGCCCGUCGACGCGCAACUCCGCUACACCGUCCAGUGGUUCCACGAGUGGAGCGAGAUGCAGCGCGGCGACUUCCUGCCCGUCCUGGCCCAGAAGCUGGCCCCCGGUAGCUAUGUCAACGGGCUGCUGGCCGGCGUGGAAACCUUGUCCUGCAACGAGAACGGCCGGCCGCCCAGCCUUUUCCAGUGUCGUGUCAAGCUGUUCCGCGACUGGUUCGAGACGUGGAGCCCGGCGGAGCGCGAGCAGCUCCUGGGCCACAUCAAGAGCAUGGACCCAGCCUUCCACACCAAGAUCCAGGAGGAGCUGGAGGCUUUGGCCACGGGCUGCAGGCCCAAGCCAGAGAGGGACCAGGACGCCGACGAGGACGCCCCCGUCCUGGGAGGCGUCAACCACAACCACCAGGCUGCUGUGCAACCCGUUGAAGUGGAGGCAGAAGCUGAGGCGGAGGCCGUGGAAGAGAUCGAGGGCCCUGUCAAGGAUCCCAUCGAGGAUCCUGUUGAGGACGCAGUUGAGAAUCCUGUUGAAGUGACGGAGACAGUAGACGCAGAGCAGCAGGAAGAGGCCUCGCCUUCAGAAUAGACUGAGCUCUUUCAGAGGUUGUCGCUACAACCAGUUGAAGAUGUGCCACGUUUCUUCAGACAAGAUGGGUAGUGCUGAAGCUUCCAAGAGCUUAUGCAAACACUUUUAUCUGAAUGAACAAACAGUCUCUGUGAGAUAGAGGACGGUGCCUUUUUUACUUGUGAACUUUCCAAGCUAAAGUUUGUGGUAUUUUAUAACUUAUAUGAAGUUUAUAUUUAUUAUUUUCAGUGGAAAUAUGCUGUUGACUGACAACCUUUUAUUGCACUGUUCGUUCUCAUAUAUUUUUCCCAUUUAGGUGUUAGCAAUCAAUUUUAAGCUUUCUUUUUGUUUCUUUUUCAAUGUUGUUGAAGACAGUUGAUUUAUGAAAGGCAGAUUGAAGGGAUUUGAAGACAUUUAUUUAUUUAUUCUGUAUUGGUCAGUCAGUCAUACUUUACUCAUUUUUAUAAGUAUUAUAAUUUGAAUUAGCAAAUGGAGGAAUUAGUUGUUCUCUUCAUUAGUAGCUUUUUAAAACUGGCAGCUAUUGGGGAAAGAAAAGACUUAAGUUUGUUUGUUGCGUAGUUACUGAAAAUGACAGGAGUUGACGUUAGUCUUUAUUGCAUCACAUUAAUGUUAGAUAAAUGUCAACCUCAACCUUUUGUGCAUGGAAAAUUGUUCAUGUUUUUUGUGGAUAAUUUGUCUAUUCCUGUUUUCCUUUCUUCUUGUUUUGUCUUUUCUUGACCUUUAGAGACACAAUAGUUUUCCAGCUUACUGGAAAAUUUAUUUGUUUGUCUUUGAAUGGUUGUAUAUGUGGCAUACAUUCCAUAUUCUACAAAUAGAUUGUAUAUUAUUAUUCUCAAGAAUUAUUCUUAGGUUUUCUGUUGGAGCUGUGGCUCGGAACUGCAGACAGUGAAUUCACAAUUACUGUUUACAUUGAUUCAUUACCAUAGUAUCAUUCUGAUGCCAACUUUCAAACCAUUGAUCUGGAGGCUUUUUCUUUCAUGCUUUUCUUUGUUAAAAAAAAUUCCAUUUAACUAGUCAUGAAUCUAAUACUGCAGGUGAGAAUUUUCCAAGGAUGACAAAGAGAUUUUCUUGCCUAGAUCUGACAAUGUGUGUGAUAUAUACUUCCCUGUACUUGGACUUUCUCUUCAGUGUUAUUUUAAGCUUUGAUCGAAAAUGUAUUUUUGUAACCUUGAUAUCUUGACUCUCAGUAUUUGAGCUGAUAAAAAGUGAUGAGUGCAGGUAUUGUACUAUGAACUUUCCCUUGAUAGUUAUUUUUCAGCUAUGUAGAGUUGGUUCAGUAGUAUGGUAGAUAAGAUGCAUCAUAAAUACUUGUGGUAACAGUAUGUGAUACACUGCAUUCCUUUCAAGUGUCCAUCACACUUUUGUUAUGUUACUGAAACAUUUUUCCAGUAAUUACUAAUACAAAUGUUAGUCAUUAAUUCCGUUGGGUUGGGCUUGUUGCAUGAUUGGAUUCCAUUAUUUAACUAAAAUUUCCAUGUUUUUACUAAAAGAAGGGACAAAUACUCACCUUGUUUCUUGGUGAUACUUACCUAGCCAAUAAAUUAUUCUUAUCAAACAAACAA